AUGUCUAGCAACGGAAAAGAUUACACGUACACUGGUCAUGGACAUGGCCCCCGAACGCCAAAAUUCUGCGAUCUGUGCAAACAAGACCUCAAACCACGUGGGUGGUCCACUCAUUGCAAGGCCUGUGAGAAGAAGGCUGAGAAACAGCGUCAGAAUCAGCUUGUUGCGGAAUCCAUUCGAAGGGAAGAUUUAGAGGCAGAAGCAGAUCACUUUGCUGAUGCCGAUGUCUCUGAACGUGCAAGCACUCCCAGAUUCCGGGUUGACGACAUUAGGUGUGAGUAUCAUCCAAGCAGUGGGAUCCCACCUGAGCACCCCUGGGCGCCAUUCAAGUCGCGACUAGAGUUUGAACUUGCUGAACUUGCCCUGGAGGCUUGUUUGAACAACGAGCAGACUGAUCAGCUCAUACGACUUUGCAACCGGUGCACUUCCCGACAGGAGAAGUUCACAUUCCGGACCCACAAGGACAUUCACGACAGGUGGGAGACUGCUUCCCAUCGCCUUACGGGGUUUACUCAAGACAUGAUUUCAGUACCGUAUGACGGUACCAUACGAGAGUUUGAUCUACACUAUCGCAAUCUCUGGGAGUGGGCUACUGAUCUCCUUCGUGAUCCUCAGCUCUUUCCGCACAUGGUAUUUGAUGCGCAGCGCUUCUCAAAGUUUGAUGGCGAGACAUUUGUAAACUUUGUAGAUGAACCUUACACGGCUGAAGCUUUUUGGAAUGUUCAAUCUCAGCUACCAGAGGGCGCCAAACCUCUGGCGUUUAUUCUGUAUGCGGACAAGACGAAGUUGUCCUCAUUUGGUACCGCAAGAGGUUACCCCGUUGUUGCACGCCUUGCGAACCUUCCCACCGACAUUCGCAAUGGUCAAGGUAUGGGUGGCGGCUACGUUGUUGGGUGGCUUCCUAUUGUGAAGGAGGAGAAGGAUCACGCUGGCAAGCCAAGCUGGGUCAAUUUCAAGAACGCUCAUCCAACCUGGUUCUUUCCUUCGAUAUUAAUCUUGUCGGCCGAUUACGAGGAACAAUGUGUUAUGUCGCUCACUCGAGGGAUCAAGUCCCUGUGGCCAUGCCCAGUUUGUCUCGUUCCCCAUGACGACCUUUUGGAUACUUUGAAGGCCUAUCCUCGUCGAACAUCCGAUCAGUCACAGAACGUCUUGCAGGUUGCGCGGGGCAAGCAGACCGCUGAAGAGAGAGAUGAUAUGCUCAAACAAUAUGGACUUCGUGAUGUCCAGAACGCUUUUUGGAUCGUUGCGCUUACUUGUGUACAUUACGCACUCUCGUGGGAUAGGCUCCAUUUCAAUGGUGGCCUGUACCGCGAUCAUUUGUGGGCCGAACUGCAGAGAAUAAUCAUUAGUCUUGGGAGAGCAAGUGUAGCGCAGAUGGACCACAACUACGAGGCGUUUCCACGGUGGCGCAAUCUCAAACAUCUAUCGCAAGUCAUGAGCAUUUCCUUUGCGGAUAGUAGCGUGUAUGAAGACAUUUCGAAGAUGGUGAUCUAUGCUGCACAUACCAUUGUGACUGAGGACGAGUGUCCAAUCGGCUACCUCUUACUUCGUUGUAUUCGACUCUUUCUUGAAGUCGAUUUAUAUGCAGCACUCGAGGUUCACACAGCUGAUACUAUCCGUGCAGGCCGACACGCAGUUCAAGCGUUCUCAACCUAUCUCCAGCCAAACGAGAAGAUGCACGGGUCGCUGAAAGAUUCGUAUCAAAUGCGCACCAACUUCAGGAAUGUGGCGCCGCAGAUUCUUCGCAUCAAUCAUUGGCAAGUGGUCGCCGAGAGCAUUUGCCGGAACAUAUCCGACUUCGAUGAGUAUCAGUCACGAUGUCGACAAUCUCCACAGACUUUUGAAUCUGUCGAGAACACUCACAGACAUGACAGCGCAUUUACUAACUUUCGUAUCAGGCUCAAUGAUUUCUUAACUAACUUUUUACCAGCCAUUCAAGUCCCUCUACCAGGCGGAAAGCGGGUCCAGCUCAAAGCAAAUGGCAAGAUUACCGGGUGCCGUUUCUUAAAGGUUAACUAUGAGUCAUUGGUAGAUUGGCGCCAACAUACCGAUUUCCUUCGUUGUAAUCCCAAGUUCUUUGGUACUCCGCGCUUCGACUGUGUGUUCGUCCAGACAACCGACAAGAUCAUCUUUGGUCGCCUGCUCUUUGUUUUUGAAUGUACACUGGAAGAUACAGCCCUCUCCCUUGCCCUUAUUCACCCAUUUGAUGCUCCCACUGGUGUUCGCAUCCGAAAAGACAAGCAUCUCUCCAUCUUUCGUGCUGAAUUUUUUUCAGUAAGGUCGAUCAUCCGCGGAGCUUUCCUAGUGCCGGAUGGUAGCAAUGAUUACAUUGUUGUCGAUACUGUUGACACCGACAUGUUCCUUCGUGUGAAGGCGCUGCAUCUUGAGGCAGGGCACCUUGUACGUGUUUGA